UGGGUUUAUAAAAGCUAUUGGUCCUGCUGAUGCUAUCCAAAGACAGUUUUCUGAAGAAACCUUUGAAGAAAGAAUUGACUGCUCUGGGAAAUGUAUCCUACCAGGUUUGGUGGAUGCCCACACACAUCCCGUAUGGGCUGGUGAAAGAGUCCAUGAGUUCGCAAUGAAGUUGGCAGGAGCUACAUACAUGGAUAUUCACCAGGCUGGAGGCGGGAUCAACUUCACAGUGGAGCGCACUCGCGAAGCCUCGGAGGAGGAGCUGUUCGGCUCUUUCCAGCAGCGGCUUCAGUGCAUGAUGAGGGCCGGCACCACGCUGGUGGAGUGCAAGAGUGGAUACGGCCUCAACCUGGAGACCGAGCUCAAGAUGCUGCGCGUGAUCGAGCGUGCCCGGCGAGAGGGGCGCAUCGGCAUCUCGGCCACUUACUGCGGGGCUCACUCAGUGCCCAAAGGAAAAAAUGCCAAGGAAGCUGCUGAUGACAUCAUCAAGAACCAUCUCCCGAAGCUGAAGGCACUUGGCAGAGAUGGGGAAAUGCGUGUUGACAAUAUAGACGUGUUCUGUGAGAAGGGCGUCUUUGAUCUGGAUUCUACCAGAAGGAUUCUUCAAAGUGGAAAAGAGAUGGGGUUACAGAUUAACUUCCAUGGGGAUGAACUGCACCCAGUGAAGGCUGCUGAGCUUGGAGCUGAACUGGGAGCCCAGGCAAUCAGCCACCUGGAAGAAGUGAGUGAUGCAGGCAUUGCUGCCAUGGCAACGGCCAGGUGUGCUGCGGUCCUUCUGCCCACCACGGCGUACAUGCUGAGACUGAAGCAGCCUCGAGCCAGGAAGAUGUUAGAUGAAGGGGUGAUAGUUGCCCUGGGCAGUGAUUUCAACCCAAAUGCAUAUUGUUUUUCAAUGCCAAUGGUCAUGCAUCUGGCCUGUGUGAACAUGAGGAUGUCCAUGUCGGAGGCCUUGGCUGCUGCCACCAUCAACGCGGCUUAUGCACUGGGAAAAUCUCACACACAUGGAUCUUUGGAAGUUGGCAAACAGGGAGACCUCAUUAUCAUCAAUUCAUCCCGAUGGGAGCAUUUGAUUUACCAGUUUGGAGGCCAUCAUGAAUUAAUUGAAUAUGUUAUAACUAAAGGAAAAGUCAUCUACAAAAAAUGAUAAUCUGGAAGGAAAGAGAAGACACUUCCACUGUGUCAAAUCAGUCAAUUCAUCUGUAAGAGAUAGUACCUUAGUGGUUGACCAGAAUCAUGUCAUUUAAACCUAAAUAUACUUCAUUGUAUUAUUAAUUCACUUGAAAAGCCCAAGGAAUUGAUUUGAAUCAAGGGACAUGUAAAAAGGUAAACCUAUGGUGCUAAUAAUCUGAAAUCAUUAAAUGGUCUCACAUUGGUUUUAAAAUUCUGAAGAUUGGGGCAGGGGUUGUGGCUGAGUGGUAGUGCACUUGUCUGUCAUGUGAGAGGCACUGGAUUCGAUCCU